UGCGGCUAAAGCACACAGCUUCGACAAACGUCGAUAUCUCCGGCACAAGAACCGAGAUUCUGACCAGGAUGGAGGAAGAGGCACGCAAGCUUCUCGAAGAAGGAAUUACAAAGAAAUUGCUCAGUCCUGGUAAAGGAGAGCUAUCGAGCACUAAGGAUGGCACUAAGGUGAUCUUCCACUACCGCACUAGUCUGUGCGAUGGCACAGUGCUGGAUGAUUCCAGAACCAUGGGGGGGCGCUGCAAACCCAUGGAGCUCAUCUUGGGCAAGAAGUUUAAACUAGCUGUGUGGGAAAGGGUGGUCAUCACCAUGAGAAGAGGGGAAAUCGCAGAGUUCACCUGCGACACUAAGCACACAGCUCUGUACCCACUGAUGUCGCAGUCCUUGAGAAACAUAAGUGCUGGUAAGGACCCCCUGGAAGGACAACGGCACUGUUGUGGAAUUGCCCAGAUUCACUCGCACCAUUCUCUGGGACACAAGGACCUAGACAAUCUUCAGGCCAAUCCACAGCCUCUUGUCUUUACCAUAGAGCUACUUGAGGUUUUCUCUCCAGGCUCAUUCCAGCUGGACUUGUGGGCUAUGUCAGAUGAAGAGAAACUGGAGUUGGUGCCUCAGAUCCAUGAGGAGGGUAAUGCACUAUUUAAACAAGGCCAAAUCAAGGAGGCCACUGAGAAAUACUACAAUGGCAUCGCCUGCCUUAAAAACCUACAGAUGAAGGAGCGCCCUGGUGACGAAAUAUGGAGAAAUCUGGACAAAAUGAUCACACCGCUGCUCCUCAACUACUGCCAGUGCAUGUUGCUCCAGGGCCAGUACUACGAAGUUAUAGAGUAUUGCUCUUCUCUACUCUUCAAAUAUGAGGACAAUGUUAAAGCCUACUACAAGCGGGCAAAGGCCCAUGCUGCUGUGUGGAAUGAGAAAGAGGCCCGGGCUGACUUUGCCAAGGUCCUAGAGUUGGACCCCUCUCUGGGGCCGUCUGUAGCCAAAGAGUUGAGGGCCAUGGAGGAGAGGAUCGAGUCUAAGAAAAAGGAGGAGAAAGGUCGCUACAAGAGCUUGUUCAACUACAAUACUGCACCAGCCACAGCAACUACAGGUUGAAUCUCUUUGUGGAUCCAAAAUGAGUUAACUUCUUUGAAUUUGAGGAGGGAGGAUAAAUAGCAGGUGUAUUUGUAUUAUAAAUCUUACACCUAAGCCAAUCUCUGCCACAGUGUCCUCUGUGGAAAUGUUGUCAGGCGAUCAGGUUAUACAGUCAUAUACUCAUAACUUAACAUUGAUGGGACAGUUUGCUUUCUUGCGUUUACUCUCCCUCUCUUGUUGAAAAAAAACCCCACAUUUAUCAGAUUGAAUUAAUGGUCAGAGCAUCACGGUCUUCAGUCUAAAUUAGAAGUUCUUACAGACCCUGUCAGAAAUAACACAAUACCUGGUAAAAAAAACAAACAGUCAUGUUACUGCUGUCCCUGGCAGCACCAUUCACAGGACCUCCUAUAGUGAUAAUUCUUAUUCUUUAUGCUUUAAUAUAUCACUGUUUAUGUAUGUCAUCAGAUAUUGGUUUAUACAUGUCACACACCAGUUAGCCACAUUAUUGAAAAUAAGUAGAUACAAUAUUUACUGUUCUAUUGCUUCAUUUGAACCAUGUAAAGCUGUUGAAUAAUGUAUAAUUCAGCCUAAUUAUUAAGAGAAAAGCUUUCUGCAUUGAGAACAUGAUGUACUUGUGUACACCACAACUUUCCACUGUUCAGCUAAAGAAGCAGGAGGCCAACGUCUCCUGUCGGCUGCGACAAUCAUCACAAAUAUGAAAUUGAUUUGUUUUCUUGCUGUUUCUGCCCCAUGUGUUGAAUUGAUUUUUCAAUUGCUGUUGAAUAGCAUUGAAUAGCAACCACACUUAAUGUGCACUCCUCAAAAGCUUCGCUUUCCAUUAUGUUUGCUCAGCAGCAUCUUAGCAUCUUUUUCUGUAAACCAGUGGAGGUGUCAUUAAGGUUUUGAUCAUGUUAUUUAAAAUAAAAAAUGUUUAUCCCAAUGCUGA